AACCAACUUCACAACUCGGGAAAUGGGACCUUCCGAGGAGCACGUGAACGCGACAUCAGCCCCUCCCCCCUUUUGUUUACGUCACGCUUUUCCUCUACGGGUCGUCAUGGCGACAGCGUUGUGAAGGCAUCCAGCGCCUCCGCCUGUGUCGAGCUUUAUAUAAACAGUCUACGGUGUCGAGCAGAGAGAACCUUCCAGCACGAGCUGCAGGACUUCCUCCAUGACUGCUGCUUCCUGAAGAAAGAACAGCGAUACACAAACAAGUGAAACGCAUCAUGGGAUACAGCCUGCCUCCUCCUGAUCUCACCGUGAAGUAAACUGACACAAACCAGGAGAGUGAUGGCGACAUGUGAAGAAGCAGAUGUCACAGUGUGUGGAUCAGAUGAGGAGCCUUCACCACAGGAGGAUGAUGAGGAUGAGGAGCUUCACUGCACAUCAGAGAGGGGAAGAAGUAAAACACCUGCUGACAUCCUGUUGGAUCUCAGUGAGGAGGCCGACCUGAAAGAGCUGGAGCCAUAUCACUAUCAUCUGUACUCUGGUGUGGAAGAAGCUGUCUGUGGUUGGGACAGAGUUGCUCCAAUGAGCUGCAUUCUUCUGACUCAGAAGAAAGACAGGAAACCAGAGCCAAAGGAGGCUGAAAAACCAAACAUCUCAGAAGAUCUGACACCUGUUACUUCAGAAAGCUCAGCCAGCAUCCAACAGCAGCGCUGUGAGUCGUGUCCUGGACUUUGUAACCAACAGGGAGAAUCUUGCCUUAUCAAUGCUGUGGCAGGUCUGCAGCUAGAUAACACAGAAUGGCCGUUCGUCAACGCCAUGCAGAAAACUACAUCACAUCACCUUGCGCAAACGACAGCUGAAGGAAGGACUCUUGUAGAGACUUGGCGGCCUCAUCAUCUGUCUUCAAAAUGCACAGUGUCAGAGAAAAGGCCUGUUAAGCCUCAGAAACACAGCCACAGGCCCAACAGUACCGUGGUUCCCAUCAAGACCUACACAUUCUUACCACCAAUCAAGCCACCGGGUCCAGAUCCCAAAAUGGACGGCCAGACCUGCAGUGGCAGGAAGGCUUCGGGGGGAGUGAACUUGCAGGAAAGAGGUUUCAUGGUGGAUAAGAGAAGUGGGAGGAGAGGAAGAAGAGAGGAGCCCGUUGCAAACGCUGGGCUUCCCAAUCACCCUGCAGCCCUGACCUCCACACACCAGACAUGUAACCAUAACAAACCCUUGUUUUAUGCUGGAAAUGUUUCUAUUCCCAAAAGGUUUCAGGUGCCCAUGUCCUCCAAAUCUGACACAGUGCAAUACGGGCAUUACAUGAUGGAUAAGAGCCUCACACAAGUCCUCCAGGGCAACACUGCAGCUGGUGCCCAAACCCAUCUCCAGCCCCGCUGCCUGUUUUCUUAAGGAACAUCUUGUGUGUGUCUUCAAGCUGUGUGAGGCCUGUGCAAUAAAACCUGUAAUUUCAUGUGAUGAUGAUGGUACCACAACUUUUAAUAUCUCCGACUCUACAAAGUCUUCACUCCAUCAUAUAAUGUUGGCAUAACUGUAGAUGGAAGAAAUUGCAGUAAUUGCAGAGAUAAUUUGUUUUUCAUCCUCCGGAGCUUACUCACCAUAACAAUAGAAGUCCAUUGUUGAGCUCUUUAUGUCAUCUGGGACUUUAUUUUCCUCUGAACAGUUCCCACAAGUGCUUCUUCAGCUGUUCAAGUUGCCUAGCAACAAUUCCCUCUCACAAUCUGCUGUUCAAACUCCAUUGAAUUCAGUAUUGGUAUUUCACAUGUAGCCUCUGUCCAGGCUGUGUCCAAACUCCUGCACCUGUUCAGUUUACCAGUCAGUGUACAGUGUACAAGGGUUAUCAGAGCAGUAAUAUACCAACAUCCCUAAAGCAGCUGUGUCACAUUGAUCUCCAAACAUCUUUUACUACUUUCAUUGUGACAAGCUGUUUACUUUAUUAUACUACCUCUUUUGUACUGAGUUGUGUUGUGAAAUAAAAGAAACCUAAAUAUAAAGUGAAUUG